GCUUUUAUUCUUUGUUCUCAUUUGUGGAGUGGAGAACACAACACAACGCCACCUCUCUCUUUCUUUUCUUCUUUCUUUUUCCUCUAUCACUCUCUUUUCCUUUAAUUAUCGACAAUAAUACUAUUAAAAUUAUUAUUAUUAUUAUUUAUUAUUAUUAUUGUAGUAGUUGUUUUUCUCGUUGAAGGUGGAGGUUGAUCUCGGGGAGUUAGAGAGAGAUAGAGUUUGAUCAGUGAGUUAACGAAACGUGGGGCUGUGAGUUUUGAGUGUGACAGCGCGGUGAUGAUUCUAAUUCUAAUCUGAUAUACUAUAUGCCGCGUCAAUGGAAUUCGAUACCAUCCCUCAAGGUUCUCAAAUUCUCAAUUUCAUCCAUAUCGUAUCAUCACCGAUCAUCAUCAUCAUCAUCGCUUCAUUUUUUCUCGAUUCUUCAAACUCUUAUGUCUGAUUGAUUGUAUGAGAUCUAAGAAUCUUCGCUUCUUGUUUCUCUCUCCAGUAUAAGCAAUGUGGCAAAUGAACUUGAGAUCAAGUGAAACAAUGGAAUCAGGGCCUUAUCCAGAGCAUCCAGGAGAACCAGAUUGUUCAUACUACAUCAGAACCGGCCUUUGUAGAUUUGGAGCAACAUGUCGAUUUAAUCAUCCUCCUAACAGGAAACUGGCUAUUGCCACUGCACGGAUGAAAGGCGAGUUCCCAGAGAGGUUAGGGCAGCCAGAAUGUCAGUACUAUCUGAAAACAGGAACUUGCAAAUUUGGUGCCACAUGCAGGUUUCAUCAUCCUAAAGACAAGGCGGGGGUUGCUGGAAGAGUUGCCUUGAACAUUUUAGGCUAUCCACUCCGCCCUAAUGAGUCUGAAUGUGCUUAUUAUUUAAGAACUGGUCAAUGCAAAUUUGGGAACACUUGCAAAUUUCAUCAUCCUCAACCAAGUAAUAUGGUACUAUCAAUGAGGGGUUCGACUGUUUAUCCUACUGUCCAAUCUCCAACUACACCAGGUCAGCAGUCAUAUGCCGCAGGAAUUACAAAUUGGUCUAGUUCAUCCUAUGUUCCUAGUCCAAGGUGGCAAGGUCCUUCAAGUUAUGCACCCUUAAUUCUACCUCAAGGAGUGGUUUCAGUGCCUGGGUGGAGUACAUACGGUGGUCAAAUGGGAUCAGAAAGUCCACAACAAACAAUGAGAAAUGAUCAAACCUAUGGAACUUCUCACCAAGGUGAAUUAGAAAAUGCAGGACUCCAAGGGGCAUAUUCUCAAUACCGUUCUGGCUCUGUUCCAGUAGGAUUCUAUGCUUUGCAAAGGGAUAACAUUUUUCCAGAGAGACCUGAUCAGCCCGAAUGCCAAUUCUACAUGAAGACCGGAGAUUGCAAGUUCGGUGCAGUUUGUCGUUUUCACCACCCACGAGAGAGGCAGAUCCCUGCCCCUGAUUGUGUUUUGAGUCCCAUUGGCCUUCCUUUGCGUCCUGGAGAACCUCUUUGUGUAUUCUACUCACGGUAUGGCAUAUGCAAAUUUGGCCCAAGUUGCAAGUUUGAUCAUCCAAUGGGAAUUUUCACCUAUAAUGUUGCAUCACCUUUAGCCGAUACCCCAGGCCGGCGUCUAUUAGGCUCUUCAUCAGGAACUGCUGCACUAAGUUUAUCAUCAGAAGGACUUGUUGAGUCGGGGACAGCAAAGCCAAGGAGGCUUUCAUUAUCAGAGACUAGACCUAUUCCUCCCGGUGAUGAUAACAUUGAUGACGAGGGAUAAUGUUGUCUCUUGGAAAUGGGUUAUCUGCUUUUUACAAAAAAAUUCUCAGGGGAGAAAGAGUAAUCUGUGAAUUGAUUUCCCCAUUACCGGAGGUGUACAGAGUGCCGAUCACAUAGCUCAUGUCAAAAUGAUUCUGUCAAUCUACUAUUGAAUGCAGUUGACUAAUCCAGUCGUUCUGGAUUUCAUGCUGCCACAUUGUAUAAAUUCAUAAAUAUUUGUCACAUUUGGUCAAAACCAAAUGUGAACAUUUCUUCCGUUCUUAAGCCAAUCUAUCUAUUUCAAAUAUUCUCCAUUGUAAAAAUAUCUUUCUGGAAAUCUAUAACAAUAAAUAUUUGGCUUCA